CACGCCCCCCAAGAGCAUCGCUCGGCUCUCGGCAAUAAGAUGCUCUUGGAUUUUUCUUUCUGAUUACAUAUAUUUGGAUUUAUGUACCCAAAAAACGUCAACAGACAGCUUAAUUCUGAGGCCAUUAAAUGUUUUAAAGAAUUUUUAAGUUGUAAAAAUGAUGGGCUCACAAGACGUGGUCGAGGUUUUCGAGUAUGACAACAGGAUUUUUGAAUCCCUGUUUAACACUCUUAAUGAGCCAUCAACGAGUUCUGAGAAAGGGUCUUCUCGAAAGACCAGGAGCGGCCUCAGAACAAGGGCCUCACAGAAGACCUAUGACGAAUCGAAGGCAGCCGCGCAAACCUGUGACUUGGAUGAAGGGCCGGGCCGCAACAAAGUCGUGCCAAACGUGCCAGUUUUCAAUCUGGCCGAGUACAUCAGUUCCAGAACUUUCUGCGAUGCCCCUCACCACACGUUUAGCAAAAUCAACCGCAGCACCACAGGCCCUGAACUGAACAUUCUUGAGGAGUCGCAAAUUCUAGAAAUUGGCGAUUUCAUGAAUUUAUUUAGCAAGUUUCCAUUAUCCUCAGACGUGCCUAUUCCAAUUUUGAAGCCCAUGACGUGCACUCCUCAAUUAGUUUUACGAGGUGGAGACCCUUCAUUUGAUCUGCUUAAAAAGAAGAAAGCUGCCGUUCGAAAGUUUUCCUUCUUGAAGCCUUACAUUGGUGUAAAAGAUUUCUAUGAAAAAGGUGCCAAAAUGACAUUAGAUUUGCUCAAAAAAGAAAAAGGGUGUCCAAAGAAGUGUGUAAAAAUCCCCAGCGAAAUCGCAAAUCUUGCAGAGGCUGUUCAAAUGGACCCUGAUCCCUCAUUUUGUGCUGAAUACAAUUGGUACUUUACUGGUGGUGCUUUGUCGUUGUCAUCUGUAGCUGGAAGGAAGAUAAUUUUCCUUCCCGGAGGAAAUGAUCUCUCUGACUUAGUGGCUGUUCCCAUGAAAAGAAGAAAAAAUUCUCCAACUGGGUUUAGUGUGCAGGACGAUAGCAAAAUUAAUGAAGUGUCCGAGGAAGGACAAAUCUUUGAAAUCAAGAGCCUCGAAGUUGGUGACCAAGCAGUGCUCACUGUUCGAAGGAAGAAGAACUGCCAGUUUUACACAUGUGACCGUGAGAAUGGUCUCUCUUUUUCGAAACUCCAUGAAUGCCCUGCACUUGGAACCGACGUCUUUACAAGUGUCGAACUCAAUCCGUGGACCCCGUCCGAGUAUAUGGCCUCCACAAGACUGAGGGCUGUCAACAUUUUUGAUGUAAAUACAGGAAAAGAGAAAAGUGUGCUUGUACCGAAAAAGUCGUGGAUUGAAGACAUGUUGAAGAUAAAAGACAUAGACAACUGGGCCCAAUACGGGCGGCUGUUUCAAUGGAACAAAGCAUUUUUUAGUUUGGACUCCCAGGACACAAUUCUAUUUGCCGAUGAAUCUGCUGUAGUUUCGCUAGACAGACGAAAUGAGACUGAAGAAACUGUGAUGCUUGACAUUAGAAAUAACCCAAGCUUAGUUAAUGACCUGAUGCCCUGUGAGGCCAUCACCUACAGCUGCAGCAGUGUGGUUGACUCGAACAUGCUUUACGUUGCUACAACGCACAAUUUAUUUAGCCUGGAUCGCAGAAAACCAAACUGGCCUGUCCAAAUUUGGAGUCACUGUCUGUCCUCACCUCCUGUGUUUGUCAGCCAGAGCUGCUUUGCUGAAAAUGGAGAGUUAAUUCUUUUAGCUUCGAGUUGGCAGAAGGAAAUUGUCGGAAUCACAAAUGAGUGGAAAUCUGCAGGAAUGGAACCUAUAAGCAGGGCUCAACCACUGCUCUUGCCAAGUUCAGUGCAUACAUUACUGGAAGCCAACAAACAGUUUCUGUGCUUGCAGCCUAGUUUGAAAAAUAGAAUGCAAUCAAGUCGGAUCGGACUGUACUGCACGGACUCCUCAAAACCUUCCAUCUUCACUAUCAAUUCUUGUGGGGAUGUUUUCUUCCAAAGAUUAACCAGCAUUGAUUGCGACAAACAAGAAGACAGUGGAUAUUUUAAAAGCUCAGUAGAGUCAUGGGCCAAAUCUGUACAAAAACUUGACCUUGAGGCUCGGGAUAGAAAUUUUAAAGGCCAUGUUACUGUGGAUCCUUCUAAUUUAGUGAAAAAUGUUUUGUGCAGUGAUAAACCUGUACCAAAAGAAGCACCUUCGAUUGUUGAAUCAACUGUACCCAACGUAAAACCAGAACUUCCAUUCAUGUUGAAACAAUACGACUUAUUCGAAGGUGAAGAAAAUGCCCUGAGUUCAAAAAUUUUAGAGUCCUGGUGCAUUCAGUCGCCUGAGGAUUGGGAGGCAAAGAAGAUCGCUGCCCUUGGGGGUGAGGUGGAGUCGAGCACAAAAUUGGAUCGAGUGGAAGCAUGGUUGGCCACUAAUCCCCGUGAAAAUCCAGAAACCCAAUUUGGUUCAUCGCAAGAUAGUCAGCCUCUAACACAAGACUUGGUCGAGAACAGUCAACCAACUGUUGAAAUUGGACAAGAGGCAGCCACUGAUAAAGAUGUUUUAAAAUCAAAACUUUUUUCGAAGUACUCUAUUGUUGGAAAGAAGAAAAAGAGACACGACGGAUUUUAAUCUGAACUUUUCAUGAAUAAUUUAUUUUAGUAUUAAAGAAGAAUUAAAACUUCA